CCGCCAUCUUGUCGCGGCUCGCAAUCGGGAUUUCGGGAGAGCGUAUUUUUUAAUUUGGGUUCAGGCUGUCCGAACCUAAGUCAAACCGUUUUAUUCUGCCGAAAAUACACGGAUUGGGUACCUACACGUAGAUUUUUUGCGAAAAAAUAAGGAUUGGGCUGGUUUUCGUCGGCUGGAAACCCUGCCGUAUAUCUGAUUUCCCCUUCAGAAAAACGCCGCUUCUCUUCAUAUCGCCGUUCCUUAGACGUUUUGUUCACCUAGAGACAGCGCCAGGGGGACUGUAUAUCCGUUGAAAAUUAGAUUUAUUUUGAGACGCUCGCCUUUCACUGGAUGAAAAAAAAAUGGAAUUCGUAGUAAUUAAAUCGGACUCCGAAAACGGUUGCUUAAUAUGCACUAAUUAAGCCUUGUGGAGGAAGGGCACCGAACACUGUGUGUGUGUAUUUUUCUCUAAAUUUAUUUUUUAUUUUUUGAAUCGAAAUAUUUUUCACUAAGGGUAAUUAUUAGUGACAAUAAUGUGGGUGUUGGGUGUUGGAUUAUCAUGGGGUGAACGUCGAUGGCGGAGCGGGGCGCUAUUGCUUCUUUUUUGAACCGUUCCGCGCGAGACACCAGUGUGUGAGGCUACAUUUUUCUUUAUUACCCGAUUGGAUUCCCCCCCCCAUUUUCUUCAUUUAUUUCUGCGGCAGACUCGUAGGCAAACACAAUGGCUGAAAACUUGUUGGAAGUCGGUCCCUCGAACCCUAAGCGACCGAAGCUGAAUUCACCUGCCCUCUCUGCCUCGGAUGGCCCAGACUUGGGAUCCCUGUUUGACCUGGAGAAUGACCUUCCAGAUGAGCUGAUCCCCAAUGGCAGCGACUUGAGCCUGAUGAACUUGCCAUCCAAUGGUGGUGGUGGACUGGGUGGGAUGGUACCAGACGCUGCUGCCAAGCACAAGCAGCUGUCUGAGCUCCUGCGACCAGGCAGCAGUUCCAGCCUGGGUCCCAGUCUUAGCUCCAGUAGUCCCCAGCCGGUUAUGGGGGGCCAGCUGGGUGCACUAGGGAAGAGUUCUCCCACACACCCCUCCCAAGUGCAAAAGCAGGCAGUUGCUGCUGCACCCGCUGGUCAGGGCACUGGGAGUAUGGGCCUGACUGCAGCCUUCAACCAGGGCAUGCUCAGCAGCAGUCAGACCCAUGGCAUUUUGGGACAGAGUGCGCAGCCCCAGGCAAGCCAGGUGAUGAAUGGUAACCUGGGCCCUGCAGGACGUGGCCGGGGUACUCCAGGGAUGCAGUACCAGGGCACGGUUGGAGGAGGAACAGGUGUCAGCGUGGCAGGCAGUGUUCUGGCUGAGACCCUCACCCAGGGAACACCACAGAUGGGGGCACACACAGGUCUUGGUGCCCAGGCAGCCAGCAAUAUGAAGAUGGGCCUACCAGGGAACAAUGGACCCUUCGGACAGCCCUACAGCCAGAAUGCAGUGCAGCAGCAACAGCAGCAGCAGCUGGCAAGCGUAGGGGUGGGCACCCAGCAUCAGAACAAAGCAGGUCUCCCCAAUAACCUGCCCCCCUUCCCUGCUGACAUGAAGGGUACUGCAAGCGUUCCAAACAUGGCCCAGCAGCAAGUGCCCUCAGUCGGAAUGGUGCCAGGCCAGGGAGUUCCUGCGGGCCCCACGGCCGACCCUGAGAAGCGCAAACUGAUCCAGCAGCAGCUGGUGCUCCUGCUCCAUGCCCACAAGUGCCAGCGUCGAGAGCAGGCCAACGUGGCUCACUGCGCCUCUUCGCGGCAGAUCAUCUCCCACUGGAAAAACUGCACACGCCAUGACUGCCCAGUCUGCCUGCCACUCAAAAAUGCCAGUGACAAGAGGAGCCAGCAACCUGUAAUGGGCUCCCCCAGUGCAGGCUUGCAGAACCCCAUUGGCCCAGUGGGUACAGGCCAGCAGAACCCACCCACUAUAAAUAGUGCUGCAUCCAUUGACCCCAGCUCUAUGCAGAGGGCCUAUGCCGCUCUAGGCCUGCCGUAUGGCAACCAGCCACCUGCACAGCCGCAGGUGCCUGGACAGCAGAAUGUGCAGACGCAACAGCAGCAGCAGCAGCACCCGCAACUACGCUCCAUCGGAGCCCUUGGUACCGGGCAAUUGAAUCUAGGAGGUGGAGCAAUGGGUGUUCCCACAUCAGAACAGACGAACUUGCACACUGACUCCAGCCUCCCUCCCUCGCUGAACAAUCCAUCACAGCUGAUGGCAGAUGGAACAGCCCAGCUUGCUGCCGCUGGUGUGAGGAAGAGCUGGCAUGAGCAUGUCACUCAGGAUCUGCGCAACCACCUGGUACACAAGCUUGUUCAGGCAAUAUUCCCCACCCCGGACCCAGCUGCUCUAAAGGACCGACGCAUGGAGAAUCUGGUGGCCUAUGCUCGCAAGGUGGAAGGGGACAUGUAUGAGUCAGCCAACAGCAGGGAUGAAUACUACCAUUUCCUGGCUGAGAAGAUCUAUAAGAUCCAAAAGGAAUUGGAGGAGAAGAGGCGGUCACGACUCCAGGGGGGCCAGCAACCAGGCCACUCUCAGCCUAGUGCUCCAGGGCCCACACAAGCUGUUCGGCCACCUAAUGGACCUGUGCCCAAUGUGCCAAAUCAGAUCAUCAAUCGCAUGCCAGUCUCUCAAGGGCUAAAGCCGUUCAGCUCCAUGGCCAUGCAGAACAUGUCAAUGAACCAGACCCCCAUGGGGGCCCGUGCUGCUUCCCCCAUGAGUCAUCCGGUACAGAUGAACAUGAGCUCUGUCCCUGCGAUGGGGAUGUCCCCUUCCAGGAUGCCACAGCCUCAGGGCAUGAUGGGAAACCACGCUAACAACAUGGUAGCCCAGACAGCCAGUCAAACCCAGUUCAUGCCUCAGAACCAGUUUCCCCCUUCCAGUGGGGCCAUGAAUAUGAAUGUAGGAAUGGGCCAACCUGUGGGCCAGGCAGCUGUCACGCAGCCAACACAGCAGCAGGGCUCUAACCUUCCUGUGAACUCCCUGGGCCCCCAGCUGUCCUGUGGCCCCACCGCCCAGCCUCCGCUGCGUGUCACACCGCCGCCCCCUGCCUCCUCAGCCACUAACCUGCCGCAGCUCCAGCACCCCGCUCCCCCACAGAGCCAGCCCUCCACACCGGCUUCCUCUGCAGGCCAGGCCUCCACCCCUGUCCCACUGUCCAGUGCCCUUCCUGGCCCAACCAUGGGCACCCCACCUGGCUCCACCCUCUCCCAGCCCCACACGCCCCUGCAGCCCCAGCCGGAGCCCCAAGUGCAGCCACAGCCUCCCACCACUCCGCUUUCCCAGCCAGCUGCCAGUGUUGACAACUGUGUGCCCACCCCAGCCUCUGUGGCUGAAGUGCCCUCCCAGCAAGCCCUUCCUGAUGCUCCUGCACCUGAGCCCAAGCCUGAAGCCCGGCCUGAUGACCAGGACUUUGACAUUGGCAAGACGGAACCAAAAAUGGAGUCUGAGGAUGACUCAAGGUCCCUGUCAGGCAAGGUCAAGGAGGAACCAGACGCCUUGGAACCCAAGCAAGAGCCGAUGGAACUGGAGGAGAAGAAGCCUGAAUUGAAGGCAGAGCCCAAAGAGGAGGAUGAGGCUGGAGCCAACAGCACUGCCACCUCUUCAUCUCCAUCUUUGCCUCGACGAAAGAUUUUCAAGCCAGAGGAGCUGAGGCAGGCCUUGAUGCCCACCCUAGAGUCUCUGUAUCGGCAAGAUCCUGAGUCUCUCCCCUUCCGGCAGCCUGUGGAUCCCACCGUGCUGGGGAUACCGGAUUACUUUGAUAUUGUGAAAAACCCCAUGGAUCUGUCAACCAUCAAACGCAAAUUGGACACAGGCCAGUACCAGGAGCCCUGGCAGUAUGUGGAUGACGUGUGGCUCAUGUUCAACAAUGCCUGGCUGUACAACCGCAAGACCUCCCGUGUGUACAAGUACUGUUCCAAGCUGGCUGAGGUGUUUGAACAGGAGAUUGACCCUAUUAUGCAGAGCUUAGGCUACUGCUGUGGCAGGAAGUACGAGUUCUCCCCACAAACACUCUGCUGCUACGGCAAACAGCUGUGCACCAUUUCCAGAGACAGCACAUACUACAGCUACCAGAACCGGUACCACUUCUGUGAAAAGUGCUUCAAUGAGAUCCAGGGCGACAGCGUCACCCUGGGCGACGACCCUGCUCAGCCACAGACCAUGAUAUCUAAAGACCAAUUUGAGAAAAAGAAAAACGACAUGUUAGAUGCAGAACCGCUUGUUGAAUGUAAGGACUGUGGACGAAAGAUGCACCAGAUAUGUGUGCUGCACUAUGAGGUGAUCUGGCCUGCUGGAUUCAUCUGUGAUAAUUGCUUGAAGAAGUCUGGCAAAACGAGAAAGGAGAACAAAUUUACAGCCAAAAAGCUACAGAUAACCAGGCUGGGAACAUACAUAGAGGACCGUGUAAACAAAUACUUGAAGAGGCAGAAUCACCCAGAGGCUGGCGAGGUGUUUGUGCGGGUGGUGGCAAGUUCUGACAAGACUGUAGAGGUCAAACCUGGGAUGAAAUCCAGGUUUGUGGAUACGGGUGAGAUGCCGGAGAGCUUCCCUUACAGAACCAAAGCACUUUUUGCAUUUGAAGAGAUUGAUGGGGUGGAUGUGUGCUUUUUUGGCAUGCAUGUCCAAGAAUAUGGCUCAGAAUGCCCACCACCCAACACAAGACGGGUAUACAUAUCAUACCUUGACAGUAUUCACUUCUUCAGACCACGGAUACUGCGAACUGCAGUGUAUCACGAAAUUCUAAUUGGGUACCUGGAAUAUGUCAAAAAACUUGGGUAUGUGACAGGUCACAUCUGGGCCUGCCCCCCUAGUGAAGGGGACGACUAUAUAUUCCAUUGUCACCCUCCUGACCAGAAGAUUCCUAAGCCCAAGCGUCUACAGGAAUGGUACCGGAAGAUGCUGGACAAGGCCUUUGCAGAGCGGAUAAUCCAUGACUAUAAGGACAUCUUUAAGCAGGCAACAGAGGAUCGUCUGACUAGUGCCAAAGAACUGCCCUACUUUGAGGGUGACUUCUGGCCCAACGUGCUGGAAGAGAACAUCAAAGAGCUGGAGCAAGAGGAAGAGGAGCGUAAAAGGGAGGAGAACACAACCUCUUGCGAGACACCAGAGGGAACCCAGGCAGACAGCAAGAAUGCAAAGAAGAAGAACAACAAGAAGACGAACAAGAACAAGAGCAGUCUGAGUCGAGCCAAUAAGAAGAAGCCGGGUAUGCCCAAUGUGGCCAACGAUCUGUCUCAGAAGCUCUACGCCACGAUGGAGAAGCACAAGGAGGUAUUCUUUGUAAUUCAUCUGUACUCGGGGCCUGUGAUCAACACCCUGCCACCCAUUGUGGACCCAGACCCUCUGCUGACCUGCGACCUCAUGGAUGGGCGGGAUGCCUUCCUAACACUAGCACGAGACAAGCACUGGGAGUUCUCAUCACUGCGGCGUUGCAAGUGGAGCACCAUGUGCAUGCUAGUGGAGCUGCACCACCAGGGCCAGGACCGCUUUGUAUACACUUGUAACGAGUGCAAACACCACGUGGAGACACGCUGGCACUGCACUGUCUGUGAGGAUUAUGACCUAUGCAUCAACUGCUAUAACACUAAGGGCCAUGAGCACCAGAUGGUGAAGUGGGGCUUGGGACUGGAUGAUGACAGCAACAGUCAGGGCAGCGAGGCCUCCAAGAGCCCACAGGAAAGCAGACGCCUCAGUAUACAGCGCUGUAUCCAGUCUUUGGUGCACGCCUGCCAGUGCCGCAACGCCAACUGCUCGCUGCCGUCCUGCCAGAAGAUGAAGCGUGUGGUGCAGCACACAAAGGGCUGCAAGCGCAAGACCAACGGUGGCUGUCCCGUGUGCAAGCAGCUGAUUGCACUCUGCUGCUACCAUGCCAAGCACUGCCACGAGAAUAAGUGUCCUGUUCCCUUCUGCCUCAACAUCAAAAACAAGCUGCGGCAACAGCAGGCGCAGCAUCGUGUGCAGCAGGAGCAGAUGAUACGCCGUCGUAUGGCUGCCAUGCAGGGCCGGGGUGGGCCCCAGAGCCUGCCGUCUCCGCCUACCUCAACUGCGCCUGGCACACCCACCUCAAUCCAGCAGCCCAACACGCCCCAGACCCCCCAGCCACUGCCCACUCAGCCACAAGUGCAAGCACCCAGUGCUAAUGUCCUUCCACCUGCUUUCUCCAAUACACCUCGUUCCAGCCAGCCACCAGUCCCUCCGUCACAGGGUAAACCUGGGCCUCAGUCAUCACCGCUCCAUCAGCAACAGUCCCCACUCCCCCAGCCACCUCAACCACCACAGCAGCAGCAACAGCAGCCCCCACUGGCUGCCCUGAAGAUGGCACGUCACAUCGAGCGGGUCGCCCAGGCCCAGCAACAGCACCCAGACUUCAGAGUCAACUUGAAUGGGCUGCAUAUGAACCACCCACACAUGCCAGGGCCCAUGCAGCCCCCCAUGCAGAUGGUGGGGCCCCGUGGGCCUCCCGUGAUGCAGCCCAUGCAGCCAGUACAGUGGCCUCAGAUGUCCAUGCAGAAUCCUCAGGCUCCGCUGCAGCCGCAACAGGCCCCCCCACAACAGAAUCAGGGACCCCAGCCAACGCAGCCCAUGACACGACCCAUGAUGCAGCCUGGCCCUCGGAUGCAGGGAAGCAUGCCUCCCCAGGGUCUGCAAUCACAGCAGCAGCCCCCACAGAGGCCAGGCAGCAGCGCCAUACCCUCCACAGCUCUACAGGAGCUCCUACGCACGCUUAAGUCUCCUAGCUCCCCCAAGCAACAGCAGCAAGUGCUUAGUAUCCUUAAAGCCCACCCACAGCUCAUGGCUGCCUUUAUUAAGCAGAGGACUGCCAAGUACCAGGCCAGCCAGACCCCACCACAACAACAACAACAGCAGCAGCAGCAGCAGCCGCCACAGCAGCCACCACCGCAAGGCAUGCAUGGGGGUCAACCUAAUUUGCAGGGCAUGGCCUCCAUGCAGGGUGGCCCUGUGCAGAGGCCAGGUAUGGCUCCACAGCUGCCCCACCAGGCUGCCCCUCAGGGCAUGGGUCCACUAGGCCCGCAGGGGCAAGUCAUGAGCCCUGCACACAACCCCCAGUUCCAGGAACUAUACCGCCGGCAGCUCCUACGGCAGCAGCAGCAGCAGCAGCAGUUCCCCCAGUCCCAAGCAUCUGCUGCCAGCUACUCGCAGCUCCGAAUGCAGCAGCAUCAGCAACAACAGCAGUUAGCCAUGCAGACCGGAGGUUCACCCAUGGGUCAGCUGCCACCCAUGGCACAAAUGGGCCAAGCAGGCCUAGGUCUGGAAGGGCCUCAGAACCUGAUGCACCAGCGCAUGCUCCAGCAGCAGCAGCAGCAGCAUUCACAGCAACAGUCUGUGCUGAAGCCCCAGAUCAGUUCCCCAGCCCAGCCUGGUGCCAUGAGCCCACAGCCACACAUGCUCACUGGCCAGCCCAUGGCUGCCCCUGUGCGGUCUCCCUGUCCGGCUUCCCAGCAGCCUCCAUCGCAUUCCAGCCCUUCCCCGCAGCACCCACCACCCCACUCUGGCUCACCCCAUCCAGGCAUGGCUACACCCAUGUCCAGCUCCAUGGAUACGGGACAUCUGGGCACGCCCGAGCAGAGCGCCAUGCUACCACAGCUGAAUACACCGGGGCGUGUUGGCCUGAACAAUGACUUGAAUAUGGUGGGGGACCCUACAGGGGACACGCUGGAGAAGUUUGUGGAAAGAUUGUAGCAUCUGGAAGCCAAACACAGUGCCGCUUUCCAGAGGCUUCGUGUUUUCUCUCGAUGGACAUUUAUACUGACGUGUAAAAAGCUGAAAUGUAAAAGGAAAAUGUCCAGGAAACGUGUUUGUUUCCUAAACCAUGAGACUGCUAUUUCUUCCCUACGAGUUGAGGGGUUUUGAUUCACUGUUCAAAGGAUUAGAGAAUUAAAUCACAAAGAAUAUAUAUAUUUUUUGGUUUAGACCAGAUCUGAGAAAUUGUCUUGGUCUUUUUUUUUUUUUUUUCUUCUUCUUCCUUCUCUGCCCCCCUGGUAUGGACUCAUGUCUUUUUUAAUGAAACUGCAAAAAAGUUCGUUCUAUUGAUACUUUUUAUUUGUACUUUUGCAGACUUAAUGCAUUUUUUUUUGUGUUGUGUAAAAAAUGGAAUUAGGCCAAGUGGUUUUUUGUUUUUUGUUUCUCAUUUAUGGCUAAUGCAUUCAGAUGUUGUACCAAUUUUCAAAAAGGACAUACUUUUCGAAAGAGCUUUUUCUUUCAUUGUAAAAUAAAAAGUGUGGGGGAUUUGAGUAUUCAUUUGUAUAGAUAGGAACUAGACGGUUGCGCUCAGACAUUUACAUGUAUACAGCUGCACACCAUAAGCAAAGAAAUAAUUUACACACUUUUGAAAAUGUACAGUUCACUGUCCAGGAGCCAGAAUGUGUCUUGAAGAUGUAGAGGAUUGCUUUGUUUCUGCUUUGAUCUUCAGAUUUGUCAUUUUUUUUCAUAUCAAUUCCUCAGAUGCCCCGUGCUGGGGAUUAUUGAUCAACUGCUGAUUUGUCAAGAGAAGAGCCUACUUGUCACUCUCAGUGCUCUUAAACAAAACUUGAAUUGAGGGUGAGUUAUUCUCUUAUUUAAAUCAUGCAGGUUGUUCAAAUGCUAUAAAUAUACGCAAAAUUAAAUCGCUGUAUAAAAGGUUAAAAUAACUCAUUUCUUACUUAUAUACCAUAUUGUUAAAUAAACUGUGUGCAACAGACUACAGUGUUCUGUUAAUUCUUGCUUUGAGUUUAAGCCUUACUACAACUAGGAGGAUUUGUUUCUCUGCCCAUAAAUCACUCAAAACAAAUGGUUCAAA